AUGGCUUUCCUUUGGAAAGAAAUUUUGAUGGAAAUAUUCUUGGGUUAUGUUUCCUGGUCUCUUUAUUAUGCCCUUCCUCCAAUGAUCUAUUAUUUUCCAUUACAAACAUUGGAACUCACUGGCUUGGAAAUUUUUGCUGUUGCAUUUUUCUCUCCAGUGUUUUUAACUAUUGGUCCAUUUUGGAGGCUGGCCAACAAGAAGUACAUCUUAGCCUUGCUAAGAUUGACUAUGAUUGGUUGCAUAGCUUCAUACCAAGCUCCAAAUGCUUACCUUCGACUUUUGAUCUUGGCUACUGGUGUCUCUUCAUCACUGAUAGUUCAAACAGUAACAUGGUGGUCUGGGAACUCUUUGCAAAGAUAUUGCAGAAUCUGGGGAUUUUUACUAGGAAAAAUUCUUCUUCUUGUCCUUCGGAUUUGGUAUGCCUCAUUAGACCCACUCUGGAACUGUUCGACAUUCAAUAUUGCUAUAAUGAUCUUAGGUUUCAUGGUAGCUCUUGAGAGAACAUGCACAGCUGUUGAGAGCAAGAAACAAGAAAAAACAGAGACUGAUAAUACAGCAAAUGGAACAAUUGGUAGACCUAACUGGUUUUUAUCAGGCACAGCUUUUGGUAGCCUUCUGUUUCUUACUUCCUGGAUUUUCGGAGAGGUUUCACUGAUUUCUAGAUGGGCAGUGAGUGGACAUCCAGAGCCUGGGCCAGAACCUAAUCCACAUGGAGGUGUGGUUCUUUUAGGACUGGCUCAUGGGCUGAUGCUGUCUUUUUGGUCUUGGUCUACCCCUGCUCUUUGUGGUUGGUGCCUUAUAGGUACAGCAGGAGCAGCUGGUCUGCUUUACUUACAAACAUGGUAUGCAGCCAUUGCUGGUCUGCUCCUUGCCAUCUUUACAAUGUGCAUGUGGCCAUGCAUAGCUGGAUGCUUUGCUCGCUGUUUACACCCUGGAAAAGUCAUGAGUACAGCCAUGCUCGCACUGGUGUUAGAACUAUUCUUCUGUGUUUGGUGUACAGCUUAUAAAUUUGUGCCUGGUGGAAUUUAUGCUAGAGAAAAUUCCCAUAUACUUAUGGGGAUUGUCAUGCUAUUUAUUGUCAUGGGUGUGCUAGUUGAUUGCAGGAAGGAUCUUCACUGUCUCUUUGGAGUGAAAAAUAGCCACAAGCCUCUCUUUAAGCAAAGUGAAAAAUUUAUCAAGUUAUUUUUGUGGCUGUUUGUUGGUGUAGGCUUACUGGGAUUAGGAUUGCGAUAUAAGGCUUAUGAAAAAAAACUAGGCCACGGGCUUCCAAAGAAGGACUUCUCUGCUCUGAUUUGGCCAUUCAGAUUCGGCUAUGAUAACAAUGGAUGGUCUAACCUAGCACAAUCAGCUCUUCUGCUAAAUCAAACAGGUGCAGAUUUUAUCACUAUUGUGGAGAGUGAUGCCUCAAAACCAUUCAUUGGCAACAAUGACCCAACCAUGUGGUUAGGAGAAAAACUUGGUUUUUACACAGAUUUUGGCCCAAGUACUCGGGAUCAUACUUGGGGAAUGAUGGUUCUGUCAAGGUACCCAAUUGUGAAAUCCAGGCAUCAUCUUCUCCCCUCUCCAGAAGGAGAAAUAGCACCAGCCAUCUCCAUGACGGUGAACUUCACAGGAAAACUGGUGGAUUUUGUGGUUGCGCAUUUUGGGAAUGAAGAAGAAGACGUGGACCGAAAGCUCCAGGCAAAAGCUGUUUCUAAUCUAUUGAAGAUGAGCUCCAAUCAGGUCGGGUUUCUAGGAUACAUCACGUCAGCUCCUGGCUCCAGAGAUUACCUGGAAUUAACUGAAAAUGGCAAUGUUAAGGAUAUCGACAACACAGAUCAUGACAGAUGGUGCAGCUAUAUAAUGUAUCGUGGGUUAAUAAGGUUGGGGUAUGCUCGAAUUUCUCAUGCUCAUCUAAGUGAUUCUGAGCUGCAAUUGGCAAAAUUUAGAAUCCCAGAGGAUCCUUUGAAUUACAUGGACAAUGACAAGAUUGCUAUUGACCCCAGUGAGGUUCCUAAGGAAAUACACUUCAGCUCCAGGUUUGGAUCCUACAAAGAAGGACACAAUUAUGAGCUGAAUCAUCACUUUCACAUGAACACACCAAAAUACUUUAAGCAAGCUAAUUAGAAGAAUGACCUUCCAAUAUAGUCACAAAAGGGAAGAAAAAAAGUCAGAGCACAAUUACUGGAUUCACUUUAAGCCUAAGUAAGACACAUCAAACUUCAAAAGCAAGUUUCCAGUCUUUAUGAUUUGGGGAUACAUUUCUAAAUACAUAUUUAAUAUACAAAUACAUACUUAAAUACAUAGAAACUACCUCAUAAAAUCACAGAAGUUGGAGCACGUGGCUGAAUCCAAUUUCUGAUGAUGGUGACCUUGCAUUUAUAUGAUAAUUUAUAUUUACAGGGAAUUAUAAUCAAAUUUGCAGAUGACACAAAA